AUGAGUCUCGAAAUGGCAAAGUCGCUCUUCUCCCGUCGCGACCCGCGUUGGCCGGAUCAACAUAUAUACGAGCGUCACUUUGUCCCUGACGAAGUUGGCGUUUAUGUAUGCGAGCAACAUCGUCCGGUGGGUUUGGAAGUGCCCGGGGCAUUCUGGAACGAUGUUGUCGGCCGUGGCCGUUUUGGCCGCGGGGCACUUCGAAUACGACAGAGACCGAGGCCCGAGCCGCGUUUGGUUCCCCUUAUAUCGGCUCUCACCAACUGCUCCAUUAUUCUCGAUGGCCGAUGGCCAAUCAAAGCGUAUCAGAUACAAUCGCUAUAUCUUACACAAACGGCCAAAAUACACGAUCGGAAGGGGUUGAAACCGGCGUACGUCAGUGCGGUACGAAUAGAGAGAAUCGUCACAAGCUCGAGGCGUUUGCCGAAACGCCGCGAGCUCGAGGGACAAAGACGAGUCGAUGUGGGUUGGCGGAAAGGACGAGGACGACGAUGGAUGACGAUGGUCGCUGGUGGUGGACCAGCGGACGAUGUCUGUGCCGGUAAUAGUGGUGGUAGUGGAGAAUGGUGGUGGUGUCUAACGAAAGCCGCGGUGGUGCGCGGUGGUGGCUCGCGCCACUUUUGUCCCUCGGCCGAGAAGACACGUGAAUGCAACCACGUGGUCCAGUGCGUGACACGAGAGCUGGAGAUAUUCACGAGAAUUCCGACCGGGUGCUUCGUAGACAGUGACAAGUUUUCGCGAGCGCGACGGGACUCCAGGGUUCUCAAAUUCGCAGCCGUGGACACGAGAAUAACCGUCAACCUGGAGUCCACGUGCCAGAAACGACGGAAAUGUGAGGCCGAUGGGAAGGAGGCGAAGGCGGAGCUGACGGCGCAACGCAAUAUGUUCCCUAGCGCUCAAAUUAAAAUGAGAUUGCUGUCGCCAAGCAGUUCGCCGGCCACCUCGCCCACGAUGUCGAAUUCCUCGUCGCCAACACCACCGACGCCGGCGGCCCCGACUUACAACCAGAAGAUGACCGGUAUUCCUUGCGUAGCAGCCGCUUCGAGGUACACUGCACCGGUUCACAUCGACGUCGGUGGCACGAUAUACACGUCCUCCCUCGAGACUUUAACGAAAUACCCGGAAUCCAGGCUAGCAAAAUUGUUUAACGGCAGCAUCCCUAUCGUUUUGGACUCGCUAAAACAACACUACUUCAUCGAUAGAGACGGCGGCAUGUUCCGGCACAUAUUGAAUUUUAUGCGAAAUUCCCGGCUGCUGAUACCCGACAACUUUGCCGACCUAGAUUUACUGCUGGAAGAAGCACGAUACUUCGAUAUUGCGCCUAUGUGCAGGCAAUUGGAGCAGAUGAAGAAGGAGCGUAUAAAGAACGGUUCGACAAUGACCACAACUUCGCCAAGUCCCCCGCCUUCUGGUCAGCUCGGUAGUCGUGGCACUGCCUGCACUACCGCGCCUUGCAAUCGUGAUUCUGAAAAAAUGCGCGGCAAUGAUGGGAACUGCAGCUACGAGUGCGUAGCGUUACACGUAAGCCCGGAUCUGGGCGAGCGAGUAAUGCUGUCAGGAGGACGGGCGCUGCUGGACGAGGUAUUUCCGGAAACGACACAAGCAGUGAUUGAUGCGCGAUCCGGCGUUGCUUGGCACCAACAGGAUGCCCGUCAUGUCAUCCGGUUUCCACUAAACGGCUACUGCAAAUUGAACUCCGUUCAGGCGAUCACCAGACUGCUGAAUGCCGGUUUCCGGGUAGUGGCAAGCAACGGCGGCGGCGUAGAAGGCCAACAAUUCUCGGAGUACCUGUUCGUCAGGCAAGCCGUCAACACUUGACGGAGCAUGGCGCAUCAGCGCAAAACGAUCUCCAAGUCGAUCCGCUGCCUGCAGCGUGACUACGACUUAGAGUGAGUGCAACUGUCCAGGAGAACACCUCAAGACUGCAUCGCGGAUAUUUUGAUUAUUCUAACAAAACAGAGCGGAGCAUCUCGGUACAAGGAUAGAAGCCUGCCAAUCGCAACUGCUGUUUGAUGCCGAAAUAUUUAUAGUAAUAUGAAGAUCUCGUAACGUGCAUUAAAGUCACUCAACACUGUAUCUCGAAUCAUGAAAAAGUGAAUAAGUGAAUAAAAGAGUGCAAAUGAGUUUUGCAAUUUACAUCAAUUUACAUUCGUUUUACAAACUAACUUUGUCAAAUAGCAACGUCUCGUUUUGUAUACACACGUAAGUUAAAAGAAUUAUUUGCAUGUAUUAUAGUCUGAAUCUGAAAUAGUUGACGUUGAAGGCGCUUAAUCGAUUAUUUUAAUAAUAAAAUAAUCAUAAAAACUAUUGAUAUGCAAA